GGCGAGGAUGCAAUUACCGUAUUCACCAAGCAUAAAUAGUAUUUUAAAAGCUCUCUCGAUGCAAUAACAGACACCACAUUGUUUACUCCUAAUCUACCUGUUAAUAAUGUUUCGAAAAACCGGGCUUUUCAAGCCUUCAGGGAUUCUUUCUCGCAUUACACCUAUACGACGUCCAUUGAAUGUUAGAAGUUUUCAAUCUAGAGUUCUUACAAAUCACAGUCAUGAUUCUUCACAGGAGAUUAAUGUUGAGUCACCUCCCCCUCUGUCUCCUCAGCCAGGCCCUCCAGCUCAAUCCAAUGUGGCUGCAAUGACCAUAUUUACCGUGGUAGCCGUCAGCACCAUAUAUACCACAUCCGCCAUAUACGAGAAUCUGAAUCUCGAAAAAGAGACUCCGAAAAUCAUGGAUCUGUUUAUCCGAAACGAGGAAAACACAUACGAUGUAAGACGCAAAAUGCACGAGGUGAACUAUCCUCCUGGGAUAUUAUAUGCCUCGACCCCAUGGCCACCCAUCCACCAACUUUCCAGUCCGCAAGGACGAGAGAAAUUCUGGAACAGAUUAAUGCCCUCUGAAAAAUUCACAUACACAAUCAUGGCGACAAAUAUAGGAAUUCAUGCUCUAGGUAGUCUGGCUCCAGGAUUAUGGAGCAACAUCUUCCUGCACACACCCGGCAUGAAUAGAAAUUUCACAUUACUCACCUGUGUAUUUGGUCAUGGAGGACUGGCACAUUUGGGUAUGAAUAUGUAUGGAUUUCUUUCUUUCAUGCCAGCCUUGGGCCAAGAUCCUUCUUUCAAAUCAAGUAUUCCUCACAUGACGGCUUUCUAUCUGUCAACGGGUGUGCUCGGCAGUUGGGCACAAGCUUUAAGUGCAGGACUUAGACCAAGCGUUCCCGCGGUACCGUUUCUGGGAGCAAGUGGUGCGAUAUUCGCUUUGAUUGGUGCGUUUGCUAUGCAACACCCAGAAGCUCAGUUUCAAAUUAUGUUUAUCCCGUACCCGUUUGCGGCACAGGAGUUGUUGGGUGCAGCUAUGCUGUUUGAUUUAUUGGGUGUUUGUGGUGCUUAUAAAACUCUUAGAUUGGGACACGCGGCGCAUUUGAGUGGUGCUCUGAUGGGUUUGGGAUAUGUGUAUUUUGAUUGCGAGAAGAAUGUUUGGCAACCGCUUUGCAGAGGUGUUUAUAAAUGGUUUAGAAUGAGAAAGUGGGAGAAGAAAGAUUUAGCGGUAUUUCGGAGAUGAGUGGGAUAGGGUAGCCGAAAAUGGUUCCUGUGAACAGAGGUGAUGCAGAAGAAUCAAGAGUGGAGAUAAGAUCCUCUCCACUCAUAGCUGGUCAUUACUUGCGUCGGCGUUUAGGUAUUGAUGUUCCCCUCAUAUAGUUAAUCAACGGUUUGUUAGCGGAGAAC